AUGAAGCAGCAUUCACAUAGCUUGUAUCCUGGUCCCACUAUGAUUCAGCCUGUGAAUAUAAGUAAACCUGCGGGGAAUGGUGCAUACGGAAUUUUUUCUGGAUCUGAUACCCGCAAUACAGCAAGCGAUGCUGCCCUCUUCUCUAGCUCUUUACCUGUUCUACCACACGAGAAGUUGAAUUUGGAAGAGACAGAUCAUGGUGAACAGUCAGUUGAUGAUGUCUCUGCUGGUUCUGAAACACUUAAUCAAAAUGGGGAGAACGCUGAUAUACUUCAAAAUGAUGAAGCUCAUGUUGCUGGUACCCUGCUUCCUGAUGACGAGGAUGAGCUUUUAGCUGGGAUAAUGGAUGAUCUCGAUCUGUCUAGGUUACCAUUAUCUCUUGAAGACCUCGAUGAUUAUGAUCUUUUUGGCAGUGGAGGAGGAAUGGAACUGGAAAUGGACUUGCAGGAAAACAUGAGCUUUGGUCUUUCGAAGUUCAACUUGUCUGAUGGUAUUGCUGGGAAUGGAAUUCCUCAGUAUGGUCUUCCUAGUAGUGUUGGAACAGUUGCAGGUGAACAUCCAUAUGGUGAGCACCCUUCAAGAACACUAUUUGUCCGAAACAUUAACAGUAAUGUUGAGGAUUCUGAACUCAGGGCUCUGUUUGAGCAAUAUGGUGACAUUAGGACUCUGUACACUGCUUGCAAACAUAGGGGUUUUGUGAUGAUAUCUUAUUAUGACAUCCGUGCUGCUCGAACUGCAAUGCGUGCAUUGCAAAAUAAGCCGCUUAGAAGGAGAAAACUCGAUAUUCACUUCUCAAUUCCUAAGGAUAAUCCUUCUGAGAAGGAUGUCAAUCAAGGAACUCUUGUAGCUUUCAAUCUGGAUCCAUCAGUGUCAAAUGAAGACCUGCGUCUGAUUUUUGGUGUCUAUGGGGAGGUUAAAGAGAUCAGGGAAACACCACACAAGAGGCACCAUAAGUUCAUCGAGUUUUAUGAUGUGAGGGCAGCAGAAGCAGCACUUAAGCAGUUAAAUCGAAGUGACAUAGCUGGCAAACGCAUAAAGCUAGAACCAAGUCGCCCUGGCGGUGCUCGUCGAAAUUUGAUGUUGCAACUGAAUCAAGAGCUUGAGCAAGAUGAGCCUCGAAAUUUUCGCCAUCCAGUGGGUUCUCCAGUAACCAACUCUCCUCCAGGUAACUGGCUACAGCUCAACAGUCCAAUAGAACACAACCCUUUGCGGAGUAUCAGUAAAUCACCAGUUUUCAGGAACAUGAGCCCAACUCAUAGUAGCCAUGUCUCUGGGCUGGCUUCAAUUCUUCACCCUCAAGUCUCGAAUUCAAUGAAAGUCGCACCAAUUGGGAGAGAGCAUGGGAGGAGUAGCCUUUCACUACUUGGAUCUGCCUUCCAACAAUCCCAUUCACUACCUGACUCAAAGUUGAGCCAAUUUCAUGCAAGCAUGUCAUCGUUGGGUCCUUCAACAUCAAGCGGAUCUGUUAUGGAAACAUUAUCAGGCCCACAGUUUCUUUGGGGAAGCCAGAACUCUCAUCCGGAACAGCAUACCAUUUCUUCAUCAGCCUCUUCGGCCUGGCCAAUGCCUUCAUCAACACGGCAUCCUUUUCCAUCCAAUGGGAAGGGACAGGUGUUGCCAUUUUCAGGUCGGCAUGGUUCUUUCCUGGGUCACCAACAACAUCUUCAUCAUCAUGUCGGUUCUGCUCCAUCUGGAGUCCCUCUGGAGAGGCACUUGGGAUUCCAGCCAGAUUCACCAGAGACAUCAUUCAUGAAUCCCGCUGCUUCAUUUGGAGGAUUUGGUAUGGGUCAGAAUGAUCGAAACUUCAUGAUGAAUAUGGGGGGACCACAUCCUCUUAUGAAUGGAGUUAAUAAUAUUUCUAGAACCAUGCCUGACAAUGGUAGUUCUUCAAGUUACAACAGAAUGAUGUCUUCCCCAAGGCUUAGUCCCGUUUUCUUAGGUAGUAGCCCAUAUGCAGCAGGACUUGCAUCCCCUAGCAUGGAUAAUUUUAUUGACCGUGGCAGUAGUAGACGGAUUGAGAGUAAUGGAAGCCAAGUUGAUACCAAGAAGCAGUUUCAGCUUGACUUGGAUAAGAUCAUGAAUGGGGAAGAUUCUCGGACGACACUAAUGAUAAAGAAUAUACCGAAUAAGUACACUUCUAAGAUGCUGCUUGCUGCCAUUGAUGAGAAGCACAGGGGUAGCUAUGAUUUCCUCUACUUGCCCAUUGAUUUCAAGAAUAAAUGCAACGUGGGCUAUGCAUUUAUCAAUAUGUUGUCUCCUUCGCACAUCGUCCCAUUUUACGAGGCGUUCAAUGGUAAGAAGUGGGAGAAGUUCAAUAGUGAGAAAGUUGCUUACUUGGCAUAUGCUAGGAUCCAGGGAAAGGCAGCUCUUGUGAACCAUUUCCAGAACUCGAGUCUUAUGAAUGAAGACAAACGCUGCCGGCCAAUCCUGUUCCAUUCAGAGGGUCAGGAGUUUGUCGACCAGAUCAUUCACGAGCAUCUACAGUCAAACAGUUUGAACAUUCAGUUCCGUCAGCCAAAUGGGUUAUAUUCUGAGGACUCUCCAGCUGGAAGUCCUACAGAUGAUUACCCUUUUGAUCAAAGAUGA